UCUCAUUGGUCGCUUUAUCAUCCGCCUCCGUUAUUCUGACCAAUCGGAAAGCUCGUUACGUUAUCGGGUUGCUGGGCAGAGAACACAAACUCGACAGCGGAGAUACGUGUCGUGCAAACUUGAAGUAGCCUACGCUUUACAGCAGGUGCAGAGAUAUACUUCAUACACCUUGAAAUUUAUUUUCCGACCAUGGCAACUGACUGCGAGGCAUGGCUUAAUGCAAACCCCGUUGAGGCUGCCGAUCAAAGCGACUCGUUCCCCUCUGGAGACGAGGACGCCACCUUUACCGCAAACGUCAACAAUGAGAUCAACGGAAACUGGAUAGCGGCUCCCACCGGCAGCAUUCAUGAGGCGAGACUGAAGGCCAAGGUGAAGAGACGUCUGAGGAAGACUUCCUCCAGGGACUCGGGUCGGGGAGACUCGCUCAGCGAUAAUGGAGAUGUGGUCCGGUCUGUGGUUCCGCCCACCAGCCCUAAGGGCAAAUUGAACAGGAAAUCGAGGAUGGGGAAAGGACGAGGGCUGCCAAAGAAAGGUGGAGCUGGAGGUAAAGGUGUAUGGGGAACUCCUGGUGUGGUUUACGACGAAGACGAGGUUGAUGUUAAAGAUCCCAAUUAUGACGCAGAACAGGAGAACUGCGUGUACGAAACUGUCGUCCUGCCUUUAGACGAAGAAACCUUCGAAAAGACCCUUACUCCUAUCGUACAGGAGUACUUUGAGCAUGGAGAUGCUAAUGAAGUUGCGGAGCUGCUCGCCGAGCUGAACCUGGGCGGCAUGCGUGGGGACGUGCCCAUGCUGGCCGUGUCGCUAUCGCUGGAGGCGAAGGCCAGCCACAGAGAGCUGACGUCACGGCUGCUCAGCGAGCUCUGCGGCGGCUGCAUACUAACAUGCGGCGAUGUCGAGGCCUCCUUCCACAAACUGCUUAAAGAGCUGCCUGAUCUGGUGCUAGACACACCAACGGCUCCACAGAUGCUUGGCCAGUUCAUCGCCAGAGCGGUUGCGGAUAACAUACUUCCCAAAAGCUUCAUAGACGGCUACAAAGGACGAGUAGAUUGUGAAUACACCAGAGCCGCUCUGGAUCGUGCGGCCGUGCUGCUGAGGAUGAGUCGGUGGACCGGCCUACGCAUCGACAACCUCUGGGGCUCGGGCGGCGGCCAGAGGCCCGUCAAUCAACUCAUCAAAGAGGUUAAUCUCCUGCUAAAGGAGUACCUGCUAUCAGGUGACACAGUGGAGGCCGAGCGGUGCUUGAGAGAACUGGAAGUCCCGCAUUUUCAUCACGAGUUUGUUUAUGAGGCUGUUGUCAUGGUGUUGGAGUCUAAAGGUGAGAGAACGCUUCAAAUGAUCCUACAGUUGCUAAAAUCUCUCUGCGCCUCCACGGUCAUCACUGUGGACCAGUUGAGACGGGGAUUUGAGAGGGUUUAUUUGGAUAUGGCAGAUAUCAGUAUUGACGUGCCGUGUGCAUACUCGCUCCUAGAGCAGUUUGUGGAACAAAGCUUUAACGCUGGAGUCAUCAAUAAAAAACUUCGAGAUCUCUGUCCUUCUCGGGGCCGAAAGAGAUGCAUCAGUGAAGGAGAUGGUGGGCGCCUCAAACUUGAUAGCUACUGACUUCUGGAGCCCUAAAAGCCUGAUCCAUGGCAGCUGUUCCAGAGCUUCGUAUUUCUUUAAGUUGUUUGUAUUUGUCAUGAAGGUUUAAGUACUUUCCUCUUAUUAAAACACACAACGGGACCGAAAAACCUGGCACUUUUCAAUCGAUUGGAUCCUUCUGAUGUGACUUGUAUAAGCUAACCCUGAAAGUGCCACACUUGUGACUUUGUCAUUCCAUGUUUUGUAUUGAGUUCACUGCCACUCCUUUUUUCCAGUUAGCAGUGUUUGUAGAGACUUGCAGAUUUACGUACAGAGCUUUAUAAAUGGGGACGUGGGUUGGGGGGGUGUAAGAAGUUCAAAGCGCUUUAUCCCAUCUGGGCUGCUUUUUGUAUACUGUGCUCGAGUUUAUUUUUCCCUUUAUUUUCACUUUCAAGGAUGUCGUUUCUGACGGUUGAUUGACGAAAGGCAAAACAGGGCAAUGUAAAGCAGCUGGGAUCAUUUCAAAGAAAAGUGUCAAGAACAUUUAUUUUUAUAUUUCAGGAGAGUGGUGGGUGGGAAAUGUACCUAACUUACUUGCGCUUUGUUUAAAAUGGUUGGCAAAUAUAAAUAAAAAUGGUUUGUCAUCACUGUA